CGGCUGGACUAUCUCUCUCUGACUAGCAGCUUGUUCCUCAUAGCAGCACCAGUCGCACCAGCAGGUCCACACUGCAACCAGCAAGAACCCUGGACAGGAUGCAACAGUUGUGGUGUGUGGUGUUGGGGAUGUUGUGGGCGUCAGGGCGGGGGCUGGGGGUGGAGGCGGUGGAGAGAUGUCCAGAGGCGUGUCGGUGCAGUAGAAAGACCAGUCCUGAGAGGAUGGAGGUCAACUGCCACAAGAGAGGCCUCCGGUCCUUCCCCUCCACGCUCUCCCCAGACUCCUGGAUCCUCAAGAUGGGGGAAAACGGGAUCCAAGAGCUCCCGGCUCACGCUCUCAGACCCGUCCCCAAGAUCGAGAGCAUCAACCUAGAGAGGAACGCUGUGAGGUCCCUCCAUCCCCAGGCCUUCUCAGGGGCCAGGAGACUCAUGCUGCUCAACCUGUAUGGUAACCAGCUCAGCAAGCUUCCUGCCCGUGGCUUCCAGGACCUGCUCAACCUGCGCUUCCUCAUGCUGGGACAGAACCAGAUCACUGCGGUGAAACCUGAGAUGUUUGCUGGCAUGAGGAACCUUUCAGACCUGGACCUCCCUCUGAACUCCCUCACCGCCCUGCCCCCCAACGCCUUCAAGCCCCUCAUCGCCCUCAAGGUGCUGGACCUGGCCCUCAACCGCAUCCAGAGGAUCUCUCCCAGAGCCUUCACAGGCCUGAGCGAACUCCUCUUCCUCAACCUGGACAACAACAGCCUGAAGAGCCUGUCUCCCGGGGUGUUCCGCCCGCUGGGCUCCCUGGAGAUGCUGGUGCUGGACAACAACCUGCUGACGUCGCUGAGCGGCGCAGCGCUGGAGGGGUUGUCAGGGCUGCAGGAGCUGUACCUGAGGAACAACGUGCUGGACAGACUUCCCAAGGACCUGUUCAGACCCACACCCAGACUGUCUAGCCUCGCCCUGACCGGGAACCGUCUGAAAACAGUGGAUGGGAGCCUGUUCUCUCAGCUGUCUGACCUGAAAGAGCUGUUCCUGCAGGGGAAUCCCUGGGUGUGCGACUGCAGCAUGGCUCCGCUACUGCGCUGGGUGUCCCAGACCGCAGCCAGCCUCGCCCCGCUGGAGGGCCUGAGGUGUGCCGGCCCGGCGGAGCAGAGAGACAAGACCCUCAGCACCCUGCAGCCAGACGGCCUGCACUGCCGUGCCUAGGACCGGCCUGCACUGCCGUGCCUAGGACCCUCCACCUUGACCCUAGACAUGGACCCUCCACCUUGACCCUAGACAUGGACCCUCCACCUUGACCCUAGACAUGGACCCUCCACCUUGACCCUAGACAUGGACCCUCCACCUUGACCCUAGACAUGGACCCUCCACCUUGACCCUAGACAUGGACCCUCCACCUUGACCCUAGACAUGGACCCUCCACCUUGACCCUAGACAUGGA